CCCCUUAAUCUUCUUUUUUCCAAACUAAACAAGCCCAGUUAUAAUGAGUGAAACACAAAUUCACAAAAGUGAGAGGAUGUUGAUCAUGACUACAGUUUCCUCUGUGAAAGAUGUGCAUGGUACAGUAUUUUAACCACAGGACUGAAAACCAGGAACUCCUAAGGUCUAAUCCCAGCUCUUACAUUGUUUUGCUUUGUGAUUUUAGUGCAGUGUCUCCUAGAAGUCAAUAAUCCCUUGACUGUUUCAGACCAAGCAAGUGGGGAAGGAAGGUUAGCUGGUUCCAGAGCAGUUUAGAACCGCCUUCUAUUUGUAUGUUCUAAAGAAGGAGGAUUUUUAUCACACGUUGGCCCACUAGUGCAGUGUCUUGCCUGUGAAAGUGAUACAUACCUGAUGCUGCAGCAGCAGAUUUUCACUACUUUACCAGUAAAGCUUGCUCCAUCCCUUCCAUUGCAAGAAGAUUUUGUUUACCACUGGAAAGCAAUUACCCAUUAUUACAUAGAAACCUCAGAUGACAAAGCUCCUGUGACUGAUACCAACAUUCCUUCUCACCUGGAGCAGAUGUUGGAUAUCCUAGUUCAAGAGGAAAAUGAGAGGGAGUCGGGAGAGACAGGGCCUUGUAUGGAAUAUUUGCUACAUCACAAGAUCUUGGAGACAUUGUACACUCUAGGGAAAGCUGAUUGUCCUCCAGGAAUGAAACAGCAAGUUUUGACUUUCUAUACCAAGCUUCUAGGAAGAAUACGACAACCUCUUCUCCCACAUAUAAAUGUACAUAAACCAGUGCAGAAAUUAAUCAGACUUUGUGGUGAAGUUCUAGCAGCACCGACAGAAAAUGAAGAAAUUCAGUUUCUCUGCAUAGUAUGUGCAAAGCUGAAACAGGAUCCAUACCUGGUCAACUUCUUUCUUGAGAACAAGUUAAAAGCUUUGGCUUCCAACGAAUCAGCAAGUGUAAUUACUGAAGACAUGGUAAAAAGACAAGAUACACUGGUGACGGACACAGGACAGUCUUUUCAACCAGAACAAAUAGCUAGUGCUGCUGGAGCAGAACACAUAGAGAAGGAAGAUGAUCUAUCAAUGAGCCUGGAUGAACUAAAUGUCACUUCAUCACCCGAGGCUUCAGCUGUUCGUCCAAACCAAGACUAUAAUUUAGUGAAUUCUUUGCUAAAUCUCACAAAAAGCCCAGAUGGCCGAAUAGCAGUAAAAGCAUGUGAAGGCCUCAUGCUCUUAGUAAGUCUGCCAGAGCCAGCAGCGGCCAAAUGCUUGACCCAGAGCACUUGCUUAUGUGAAUUGCUGACAGACAGGCUCACUACACUCUACAAAGCCCUUCCUCAGUCUGUGGAUCCAUUAGAUCUUGAAUCAGUCGAGGCAAUUAACUGGGGUUUGGAUUCAUAUAGCCACAAAGAAGAUGCAUCUGCUUUUCCAGGAAAAAGAGCCCUGAUUUCAUUUCUCUCCUGGUUUGACUACUGUGAUCAACUAAUUAAAGAAGCACAAAAGACUACUGCUGUUGCUAUGGCAAGAUCUGUACGGGAACAAUUUUUUGUUGGUGUCAUGGAGCCCCAGCUGAUGCAAACUUCAGAGAUGGGAAUCCUUACAUCAACAGCACUUUUGCACCGUAUUGUCCGUCAAGUCACUUCAGAUGUGUUGCUGCAAGAAAUGGUUAGCUUUAUACUUGGAGGACACAGAGAACCAGAAACCUUGACAGAUAUCAACAGACAUCCAUUGCGACACAGGUUAAUCGAGCACUGUGAUCACAUAUCUGAUGAGAUCAGCAUAAUGACUUUAAGAAUGUUUGAGCACCUUUUACAAAAACCUAAUGAGCAUAUUCUUUACAACUUGGUUCUAAGAAACUUAGAAGAAAGAAACUACACAGAAUAUAAACCACCCUGCCAAGACGAUAAGGAUGUGGUGGAGAAUGGACAGAUAGCAGGAGCAGUAGACCUGGAAGAAGAUCCAUUAUUUACUGAUCUUUCUCCGGACAACACGUUGUCUAAUCCUGAGUGGCUAAGUGCUUCUCCUCCCAUCAGCCCAGAACAUCCAAAAAAUGAUGGGAAAACUGAAGUUCAUAAAAUUGUAAAUAGCUUUCUCUGUCUAGUACCUGAAGAAGCCAAAUCGUCCUACCAUGUAGAGGGCACAGGUUAUGAUACCUACCUCAGAGAUGCCCACAGACAAUUCCGGGAUUAUUGUGCAAUCUGUUUACGUUGGGAAUGGCCGGGGUCACCCAAAUCUUUGGAAAAGUGCAAUUUAGAAGCAUCGUUUUUUGAAGGACACUUCUUGAAAAUUCUUUUUGACAGAAUGGGCAGGAUUCUUGAUCAGCCAUACGAUGUAAAUUUACAAGUUACGUCCGUGUUGUCCAAACUCUCCCUGUUUCCCCAUCCACACAUCCAUGAAUACCUUUUGGAUCCCUAUGUAAAUCUGGCUUCAGGCUGUCGAUCGCUCUUCUCUGUUAUUGUGAGGGUUGUUGGAGAUCUUAUGGUGAGAAUCCAGCGCAUCCCAGAUUUUACUCCCAAACUUCUGCUGGUCAGAAAGCGUCUGCUUGGAUUGGAGCCUGAAGGGCCCAUUAUUGACCACAUGACAUUACUAGAAGGAGUGAUUGUACUGGAAGAGUUCUGUAAAGAGCUGGCAGCAAUUGCAUUUGUGAAAUACCAUGCCUCAGUUACACCCUAAGCAGUUUCUUGAUGUGACUGAGCUACAAAAUCAAGUGCAUUUUGGUAAAUAAAAAAAGAGUUGUCUCCACCCAGACAAGAAGAAAGAGAGAGAGCCUCCUAACAAAGGGUCAAUAUCAUUUGACAGUUGUUAUGGAUGGCAUUGGAGGGUGAGUUCUUGGUCACUUCAUGAUUUCUUGGCCUUGGCUGCACUCUGAUGGCGUUGUAAUCAAAUGGAUAUUGAACCCAGGAUGCAAUCAAAGGGACUUCAGGGCAGACACAACAUAACGUUUCCAGUCAGUGUUGGAAGAGCUGAAAAAAAUGUCUGAGGAGCCAUAAACUUCAUAACUUUGGUUACCAGGCCAUUCUUUUAACAACAUUUUAGAUGGUAAGGGGUUUUGAUAUGCUCUGGGGCUCAUAUACUUAAAUUGUCUUUUGGGAUUGUUAUUGCUUUUUGAAAUAGCAAACUAUUUCUGUAAUGUUUUCAUGUCACAAGUCUUUUCUCUUCAGUUGAAAACAUGAAAGGAAAACAGUAAAGCAGCAUGUGUAGAGAUACAAGUGAUACCAUCUAAAACACUGGAAAGUGGAUGAAAAGACCUGUUAAUUCAUAUGCAGUAUAUGCUCCAGGUGGAAUGAAUUCUACAUUUGUGAAUCUUCUUACAUUGUAGUGAAUUUUGGGCUGGUGAAUUCUGAUUCACAACUGUGUUAUCCCAGUUUUACCCUGUUGUAAUUCCUUAUAUUACUGAAAUUAUAUUGCCAUACAUUGGCGAAUCAGGGCCUGUAUGUAAACAAUGAUCAUAUCCUCAGUAUGCAUGUUUCAUGUGUGGUGCUCUUUGUCUUUCCAAAUGAUUUCUCCUGAGUUCAUCUGUGUAACUAGAUUUGCCUUAGAUUUUUGUAUGUGAGCUCCAGUUUGAUCCAUGUCAUCUUUACAAGGAUGCUAGUUAUACAGGUCAUUAAUAGUAGUUGCUAAAACAGUAUUUUUUUAAAAUGCUAUUUAACAUUGGCUUAAGGAUAUUUUGUGCCUUGAAAAUUGGCAGUGUAAAUGUUCCGUUAUUUUAAAAAAAUAUUUUAUUGCUUGUUUAAACAUAACCAUAGUGUCCAGACAAAAAGAGUGACUGAAACUGUUUUGGGCAGCAGUACAAAGGAUAAUACAAUACCUGGGACCAAAAUUCUGGUUUUCACAACCCUGGGAUGCAAAGAUGUUUCCCGGUGCAUUCUUUGCAACAUGAAUUCCAUCAGCCAGGGCAGGAAUUUCCAUUGCAGGCCGAGAGACAUGCACUCAAGCAUACUUCGCUAAUAUUCCUCCUGGAUGAUUACAGUUAACACUUGCUGCAGACAGCAGAAUAUGCAUUAGUAACCUGAAAGGGUUGGAUGUGCUCCUUAACCUUCACAUCACUCUUAGUGAUCUCUGGAGAGAGAUCAUCCCUCCUGUUUUCACAGGAGAAUACCUUCAUAUUGACAUGGUAGCAAGGACAGACGAAGCAGGAUUGAACCCUUAAUGUUCACAUGGCGUUUCUUUGUAUGUUUUCAAUAUCCUGUUGGACAGUAAGUGCCCGUUUCUGAUCUCAUUUCAGAUUAAAUUAGGACUGAUUUAAUCAGUCAGUAGCAUUCCUCCUGAUCUCCAUGGGUGUAACUGGGAUCAGAAUCUGGCCUUCCAUAAUUUUGAUGUCUCUUUUUUUAUCAGAAGUCUUCAAGUGGCUUGUGAAACAAAAUUGAACACUUUCACAGUUAAAAAAUGCAUCACUUAGUCACGGCAUAAACUCCAGUGAAGUGUCCUGCAGACAGAAAUGUCGAGUACCACUCCAAAAAAGGAGUAUUGCCCCAAAGUGGUUCUGGCCAGGGAGUAAGAUGACUCAGUAGCUGCCUACGCAUCUUCCCAUCAACUUCAGCUGGAAUGAAAGAUGUUCUCAAGAACGGGUAGCAGUGGGAACCUUGGACUUAGCAGGCAUAUGCACCAGCUUUGCUGAACAUGGUCCAAUAAUGUUUUCAAACUAAAAUAGCUUAGUAAAAUAAAGUUAAAGGGUAUUUUCCCUUCUUUUGUGUUCUUUACAUGGAUAUUUGGAAAUUAGCAAGUGAUUUUUUUUUUUUUUUUACAGAGCAAUGUGUACUACAGUUGAUCCAUUUUAAGAUGCUUCAUUGAUAUAAUAUAUUUGCCUGUGCAUACAGUAUAAAAAUGUUUGUGUGUACAUUUCUGUUUAAUGCAUACUUUUGGAUAAUUUGGCUCCAAUUCUGCAAAGCACUUAUUCAUGAGCUGAAAGUUAAGCAUCUACCUAGGACCCUCUUAAAGUGAAUAUGAGUUAGGAAAACAGUUGAAGUUAAGCUUGUUUUUAAGUGUUAUACCAAACAGCAGUAGAAUUAUGCAUGUUCUUAAGUUCUUUGAUGAAUCAGGCCUUUGUUGUUUUAAGUUGAGUUUAAUUACCCUUCUUGGAAAAUUUAAUCCUAUUUUCAAUAUUUAUUAAAAAAAUAAAUUCUGAUUUUUAGAAUACUCCUAAAGUCCCACUUGCAAUGUAAACUAUAGAGAACGUAAUGCUAUGAAAAAUGGGAGUAAAAAAACAAAAUCCACAUUCAAGUAUUGCAGAUAAUAUGAUCAUUAUAAAUCCAUGUGAGAUGCAGGAUCUCAGAAGGAGACAUGAGCAUUAUUUAAUUUUUUUUACCAGUUGCUGCGAUCUGAGCUAAUUACACAGUAAGAGAUUGCAUCUGUCAGUUUAUGCAUGGAUAACUGCAGAGUCUGUAGUUUUAAAAUACAAAACAAUCUCCCUUAGGGAUGUAAAAGAGUAGUCAAGUCAACUACUCGCGUUUGCCCCAACUCCCACCUUGAUGCCUCUAUAUCAGAGGCAGCAAGGCAGGGGGAGCAGGAGCUAGUGCUGGAGGGAGUCAGCUUAAAAGCUGUGGCCGAGGGAGGGGGAAGGAGCAGGACAGGGGAAACA